CGUCGCGCAGGCUGACUUUUCUACUGUGACAUGGAACUCUCUGUUUAAUGGGUGUUUCUCGUACACGGUCUAAAAGCUUCAAAAGAGCUACAGAAGAAAACGAUGUAGAAAAAAGCGAUAGAGAUGAUCAAGAUCAGCCGAUCGAAGCAAGUGUCCCAAAAACUAGCCAAAAGGUCAGGCAGGGAACAGAAGAUAUAUGGGACGUUGGUGCUGUCUACAGCACAGAUAAAAUAAUGCCCAAGAAACCGAUCGUCACCUACUCUAAAAAAAAGUAUAAAGCACGACCCGAACUUAGCAGCCUUCUUACUAGUUUCCAUGCCAAAGGAAGCAACCAGCCUAAACGAGCAGAUGCGAACCAUCAAGUGAGCAACAGCUCUUCAUUAAAAGAGAUUAAAGAACUCCAGAGUCGAACACUGUCCACUGGUGAUGCGAGUAACGCAGCAACACUGGCAGCAACGACUGCAAUCUUGCCACGCAACGAUAAGCAACCAGAAACCUUGAUCAGGUCCACACAAAAUGACACAGACCAUAUUGAUCAAGAUCAUGACAAUAUCAUCGUUGAUAUCGAUAAUGAUGAUGCUACAGGAGCAUCUUCUUCUGUUGCAGCGGGAAAGCAAAAAGCAGCUGUGGGUAAAAAGUCGGCCAGCAGUAAAAAAUCGCUCAGUAUCAGUCGAACGAGAAGAGAAAAACGAAUGGAAAUGGAUCAAAAUGAAGGUUUGCAAGAGCCGGUCGAUAUACAAAGUAGUUCAAAGAGGACGGCAAGCCAUUUAGACAGUGGCGAGAUGGACCAUACAAAGACACCACAACAAGCAAAAGUAAACCAAUAUGAGAAGGCUCAAGACUCGGAGACACCGCAGGCAGACGAAGCCGGUUUCGGGUUCGAGCGUCUUCAAGACAGCCUAGAUCGUCUCAAUUUGUCACCCAUAGGCAACAUCAAUCCAGUUACUAAGCGUAUCGUAUCGUCAACUCCAGUGGGAUUUAGGAUACAACAGCAACGUCAUGUAUCGAAACCGAUGAAAUCAUUUUCGGAAUCUUUAAAGCAGGCCAAUAUCGAUAUUGAAGAUAAAAUACUAGAUGACAACGACAAUAUGACAGAUGAUAUUGCAACAAGUGUGUUUACUGACAAAGUACCAGAAACCUAUUUGCAAGCACCAGUGUCUCCGCCGACGGGUCUGGAUGGCGGCGAUACUCUUUCACAAGCUCUUCCUGAUAAUAACACUUUGGCGCCGGCGUCAGCGACAUCCGAGGUUUUACCUCAGCCUACCAACACUCUGCCGAAUCUUAAAGAGCAACGAAAGGCGAUAGAGGCCUCGAUAGCCGAGCCUAGUCUGCAUGAUGCUUCCAAUGAACCAAUCUGGUCACCGCCAAGGUCACCUUCUAUUGAAAUGGCUCGUCGUCAAUCACAACGGUCCGACACACAAAAUACGAUACCAGAAGGGCUAUUUGAAUGGUUUGGCAACAGCAUCCAAUCGCAAGUCGCUUCAACCGAACCAAAUCACAAUGUUGAUGAGGAACUUGAGAACUUUUUGACACCAGAACAACUUGACAUGACUGUAGAACAGUUUAUGCGAUCCAUUUAUGAAGACAAAAUUGAGCAAAUUCGGAAGGAAGGUCAGAAGCGGAUAGACAGACUGAACGAAGAACUGGCACGAGUACGAGCCAAACUUUUGGCUGAACUUGAUUCAUAAGAUGAUUUUGUACAUAGAAAUAGCGGAAUAUAUUGUCUUUUUUUUCCCUCUCCCAUGGUCGGUUCUGUCUCUUUUAUGUUCGAUGGCAAAGUAAACAGUAGGUCGUAAAUAUGACUUGAGGAGGCAAA